AUGAAAGGAUGGGAUGGCAGACUGGAUGGAAUGACUGACAGGCAGAAUGGGCUGGCAGACUGGAUGGAAUCUGGCCGACAGCAUAUCUGGCAACAUGGCUGGAAACUGUUGAAAGUAGUUUUACCAGAUUUGAUUUCUUCUCAUCAAAGUGCUUUCAUCAAAAAAAUACAAAAUUUAGAUGGUAUUUUGGUGGCUAAUGAACUGAUUGAUUCUGGGGAAAGAAGUGGUAAACCUGGUCUUCUUGUUAAGAUUGAUUUUGAGAAGGCUUUUGAUCAUGUGAACUGGGAUUGUCUAGAUGAAAUUUUUGCUCUCAUGGGGUUUGGUGUGAGAUGGAGAAAGUGGAUUAGAUGUUGUGUGGAGUUUGUCAGAUUCUCUGUCUUGAUUAGUGGCUCUUCUUCAGGUUACUUCAAAUCAAAAAAGGGUAUCAGACAAGGAGACCCUCUUUCUCCAUUCUUAUUUCUUUUGGUUGGAGAAGCUUUGUCUUUCAUGAUUCAGAGAGCUCUACAACUAGUGGAAAAUAUUGAGCAAGUAAAGAAUCUAAGACUAAUUUUGUUGUUCUUUGAGCAGCUCAUAGGACUAAAAAUCAACUUUGCAAAGAGUACUAUUUAUGGAGUUGCUUAUUCUGGUGAUUUAACACAGUUUUUUUCUUUGCUUGGCUGUUAUUCUGGUGCUCUACCAACUACUUAUUUGGGACUGCCUCUUGGAGACAAAAGUAGAGGAGUGGCAAAAUAG